CAGCCUGCCCGUCGCCCAGAAGCACACGGCUGGUGAUAGUUAACUAAUAACGUCACAUUAGAAUUGUGUUCGUUUACUAUCAAUAACUUUAAAAGCCAGCAUAAACUUGCUAAAUCAUGUCAGCAAAGUAUAUUGGCGUGUUUAAAUGACGCUCACCGAAUGUUUCGCGUCCUCCUCUUCAUUGUGUUCUUCACAAACCUUCUUUUUGGAGACCGGUGAAAAGAAUGAAUUAAUGGUUUUCUGUCCAAUCAUUUUAUGGAUUCUACGACGAGUGUCCGGUUGUUAAAUGUCCUAUAAACAAUGGAGAGUUCAGCAGACCCUUACACGCCGAAAGGAUUUCGCGCCAACACUGAAGUGACGUCAUGCUAAUAUGCUAAUGAGCGACCUGGGAAAGAAGGUGGCUCCUGGUUGCUUGAUGCAAUGGAAAAGUUUAUGAGUAAACGAUCAUGCAGUACUGAUGAUAGCCAAAUAAACCUCAGAAAAAAAAUUAAAGCAAAUGAGAAACUGGAGCAGAUGGUGAAUGCUGAAGAAGAGGAUGAGUUCUCUGAUCCAGUUCCUUGGCAAAAAAUCGAGUCAGAAAGUCUGGACUGUGACUACGCUUUGCUCUUCAGCAAGGAGGAAGCAGACCAUCUUUUGGUGAAACUGGAGGAGGAGGUGGUGUAUUCAACAGGUGAAGAAGCACAGGUGCAGGUGUUUGGAAAGGUGUACAAUAUACCGAGGAAGCAGGCCACCUAUGGCGAUACAGGACUGACUUACACGUAUUCUGGAGUGACACGUCUAUCCUGCCCAUGGACACCCACACUGGCACAUAUCCGCGAUGCUGUCACAAAAACAACAGGACAUACCUUCAAUUUUGUCCUGGUCAACCGGUACAAAGAUGGGCGGGACCACAUGGGUGAACAUCGUGACGACGAGAAGGAGCUGGAUCCUAGCUGCCCCAUAGCAUCAGUUUCUCUCGGUGCCGCGCGAGAGUUUGUGUUCCGUCACAAGGAUGCACGUGGAAAAGAGAGCUGCCGGCGCAUCGAGCCCGUCAAGCUGGUGUUGGCUCACGGAAGUCUGCUGCUCAUGAACUCACCAACCAACACUUUCUGGUAUCACAGCCUUCCUGUACGAAAAAAGGUCCUCAUGCCUCGUAUCAACCUCACAUUUAGACGCAUACUGCCCACUCGCAGAAAAUGACAGCUGGGAUAGGCAUCGAAUUUGGUACUUUUAUAGGUACCGACCAAAGAAGUACCGGGUACCGAUUUCACCCCCCAAAAAAUCAACCGGUACCAUAUUGCGAUACGGUCAUGUCUGGUCACAAACUAGCACAGAAUAAUUUCCACGCUGACAAAGCAAGAGGAAGGCGCCCAAAAGUACAAUAUGGCUUUACAUCUUAAAAAUGCGAUAGCUUGAUGCUAAUUUACACUGGAUUUACCAUAGACAUGCUAAAGAUUAGCAUCAGCAAUGGCGAUAGACUUGUAAUGGAACGCUACAAUAAAACAGAUGGUGUGUAAUAAAUACAAUACUUAAAGUUUAAACUAAGGUUUUCAAAAUCAACGAAUCAACCAAGCAUGGAAUUGAUCACAAAAUAUUAUUGCAUGAAUCCUGUAUCAACACAGAUUAAUCACCCAGUUUGGUUGAGAUACGACAGAGGUAUUCAAGUUAAGUGUUUUAGGGGCCUAAUUUGCAGAAAGCUAAGGACCAGGCAGCCAGACUUAUUUAAUGUAUAUUCCGGAGAACCAACGUCUUCUUCUUGGGGCGGUAUAGCUCGGUUGGUAGAGUGGCCGUGCCAGCAACUUGAGGGUUCCAGGUUCGAUCCCCGCUUCCGCCAUCCGAGUCGGUGCCGUUGUGUCCUUGGGCGAGACACUUUACCCAUCUGCUCUCAGUGCCACCCACACUGGUUUAAAUGUAACUUAGAUAUUGAGUUUCACUAUGUAAAAGCGCUUUGAGUCACUAGAGAAAAGCGCUAUAUAAAUAUAAUUCACUUCACUUCUACAGUAGACAUCUGAUUUUGGUCUAUAUUUCUUGUGAGUUUCUCAGUUUUUUUAAAACUCGAAAGGCCCCCAAAUGAAUAGCCCAAAUGAUGAAAAAGAGAGGACCUAAAAUGGGACUUAGAGGGACACUAUUAGUAUAACGAAAGAAGUUUAACGAAUGACUAAGUCACAUUACCAAAAAAAUCUGUAACGGCCAAAAAGGAGGACUUAAAAGGGUGCCUUGGGGAAUGCCUCAGUUAUGUAACUGACAAGUUUAGACCGCAGUGUUCUGUGUUUAGUAACAAGGUUAAAAUGUCAGUGUUUACUGUGACCCAAGUUCCUCGAUACAAUAGGAGUACUCUAGUGUUUUUAGAAAUUUGCUGUAAAAACGUGUUUCCCCAGUUUUGCACUGAACUCGGGGGCCGGUAUGAUGUCAUUCCCAUACCGGUUUUGGCCCCCUGGACCACUUGUUGACUAGCCCUAUUAUCAGGUCAAUGCAUACACCAUUGCUAAGAUGAGUGGAGACUCUGACUCGUGUGCUUUGUGACAAAUUUUGUUUCAUAAUACACUCCAAUGGGACUUUGGAUACAACUGUUAACAGGUUUUGAGCAAAUAAAUGAUGUAUAUGGAAUAAAAUGUUUUUUUAAAUGUUCACGUAUGACAUUCAGAUAAUAAAACUGCAUGUAUGCCAAUUUCUUAGGGUAUUUUAAAGUGUGUUUAAACUAUGGAAGCAAGUAAUCUCCUGUGUAUAUGUCAUUACAAUUUAGAAGUGUCAAUUUGAUUUUGAUUAAUGUGAAGUUUAAAAUCUAUGAAGGGUUCAGCAAAAUAAGACUGGCACAUUCGUCUUAAUGGCAAAGAAUACUUCUUGGCUAAGGCAAUACACCAUAGUCAUUACGCUACUGCCAUCUAAAGUCUUGAAGUUGCAACAGCAUGCAAAGUCUGCUAUUUACAGUCAUUCCUUGUUUAUUGCCAUUAAUUAGUUACGGACAUCCAUCCAUUUUCCUACCGCUUGUCCCUUUUGGGGUCGCGGGGGUGCUGGAGCCUAUCUCAGCUGCAUUCGGGCAGAAGGCGAGGUACUCCCUGGGCAAGUCGCCACCUCGUCACAGGGCCAACACAGACAACAUUCACACUCACAUUCACACACUAGGGCCAAUUUAGUGUUGCCAAUCGACUUAUCCCCAGGUGCUUGUUUUUGGCGGUGGGAGGAAGCCGGAGUACCCGAAGGGAAAUUACGCAGUCAUGCAAACCACACAGAAAGACCCCGAGCCCGGGAUUGAACCCAAGGCAACUCAGGACCUUUGUAUUGUGAGGCACAUGCACUAACCCCAUGUUCCACCGUGCUGCCCGGUUCUCUCUCGAUAAAUAAUUUUUCACAAUGUAGAAAUCAAACAUAAAUCAAAUAUUUUCAUCGAGCACAAACACCUGUACUUCCUGCUAAAUAGACACGAAAAACACUUCAUCGUGCUCUUAUUGGAUUGCUUUUACCUUGUGGCCUAUUCUUUUGUAAUAUUGAUAUUUUUACUUUAUUUAGUCAUUUUUAAUGUUUAUAAAUAAAACAUUUUUUAAAUACGCUUUCAGAAAAUAAAAAAAGUCCAAAUAAAAUUUGCCAUGUGGUGAGGCCGCUGUAAUACAGUACAUGCAAAUGAGACAGCACAGCUCGGUGUUAAAUGCUGAAUAAAAAAAUAUCUUUUUUAUUGAACAUUUAUUAACACAUUUGAACAAACAAAAUUACUGAAAAUUGGUUCCGUAUCGAUUCAAAUAUGAAAGGUACCCGUCCCUAGACAGAUGACGCCAUUCCUCUCAAUUUCGUCUGUUUGCCAAAAAUUAUUUAUAAAACCUCCAUCCAUUUCCUACCACUUGUCCCUCUCUGGGUCGCGGGGGGUGCUGGAGCCUAUUCCAGCGGCAUUGACUUUUUUCAUAUCAGAAACUGGUCACUUUAGAGAUUGCAACACAAAACAUGACCACAUGAAUAUACUGUAUCAAAGUGCAAACAUUAACAGGCUUUUGCGCCGCCGCCUUUCCUUUCAGCUGGUUUUGGUAAGAGGGAAAUGGCAGUUACUACCUCUCGUGACGUAAUCGUGACACCAAGCGAGCCAUUCAAUUUCCAUGUUGGCAUGAAAGAAAAUUGCCACUUUUUCAUUAGCACGUAGGCUUUCAUAGGUUUAUAGAAACCUGACAAAAUGGUAGCUACAAUAUGCACACCUUGAAAGUAAUCCUGUAUUGUAAUAUUUAGAGAGGUGAUAAGCUGUAUUAUGCAUCAUUUCUAAAAUAUGUCUACAUAGAUUGCUGUAAAUAAAUUGGUGCCAUCUCCCUGGCGAUGUCAAGAGUAAAUGCAUCACACAUGGACAACCUACUGAAGGCAUGUUAUUCAGGAACUUUGUCCUAAAACUCCUACUAGGGCACAUUCUUUGGGAUUGUUCUGGAUUAGAGCAGCAACCUAUGCUAUGAU